GAGGAGAUUGAGGAGGUGUCUGCCAUUCCGGAAGUGAAGGAGAAGAAGAAGAGAAGAAAUGCUUUGAGGAAGGGGUCGGAAGGUGAAGAGGUCCGAGCUAUGCAGGAAGCAUUGCAAAAACUAGGAUUUUACUUGGGUGAGGAAGACAUGGAGUUUUCCAGCUUCUCAAGCGGGACCGAACGUGCUGUCAAGACUUGGCAAGCCUUCUUAGAUGCCCCUCAAGAUGGCAUAGUGACUGCAGAACUUCUUGAACAAUUAUAUAUGGUGGCACAAAUUGAGGGUCUGGAUAACAAAGGGAGUACUCUGACUGCUACACAAAAGGAAGAUACAAAUGGAGCUGCAGUUACUUCUGCAACAGAAAUUUCAGAGGUCCAGAAAACACUUGUGAAAGAAGGUGUUACAGAAGUAGAGGUAUCUGAGCAUCGUGUUUUUCUCCUUGGAGAGAACCGCUGGGAAGAUUCUUCUAGACUUAGCAGGAACCAAAAAAAUAGGAGGUGAAAGCAAGACAAUGAAUACCACAAGAAGGUGUCUUACUUGUCGAGGGGAGGGUCGCUUAUUGUGCACAG